AUGGUCAUGAUAGAGACCAAGGCACUGGUCACAUUCUUCAACACCGGUCUGUAUUCUCAACAAGUACGAGGUAUCGCCUUUGACGCCUCUGAUCUAUCCCAUAUUUACGCAUUUAGGCAGUCAAGUCCUGUCUCGCAGGCUAGGUACAGAGUAUCACACCGAGUACCGCCGAACGCCAUGAAGACUGGGACGUUGGCGCCUAUGAACGUCUCUUAA